AUGCACGCUUAUCGAAAGCGACCUGUGGAGGGAGUUCAGUCAGAAUUAAUCGUCAUACAUUAUCCAGGCAUUGUUCAGAAUCUUGAUAGAGCUCUAGAAACCCUCGGAGGUCUUUCACGGAUCACACAGAAUCACUUUAACGGCCAAGCACUUGAGUUACGGCACACGCCAGAAAAUCCUUACACAAGCGCAUCAAUUUCUGAAAAGAAGAUUGACGCUAAUGUAACAUCUGGAACGAUACGAUUGGUAAUGCAAGUAAGACGAAAGAAGAAGAAUCCAGAAAUUAUAGAAACUAAUUGUCUAGGUUUGGUGAACUACGUGUAUACAUUUGAUACAAUGUGUGAUUUUCAAUAUCUGCCACUAAAAAAGCGGCAGCAAGGAGAAGGGUUCGAUGACCUGCUGCCUCGACUUAUUCCUCUAGACCUCCCAAGUGCACUGUGCUGGUGGGAUCGACCAGAUCCUCAUCCUGGCUACACUCCUCUAUUUCUACCGCCGUUUCAGUUUAGUCGCUAUAAUUCACCAUCAAACAAGAUCUUAUGUCGUGAGACUGAUUUCGCAGUAGAUAAACCUCGAAAGAAGUCAGGGCAUGGACAGAACCUGCGAAUUGAACGGAAGGCUUUGUCGAUCACAGUGCAUGCCAAUGAUCCAUUUCCUACAGCUCCAUCGGAAGAAGCUGUCAUGGAUGCAGACUUCAGGUGCAAAAAUGAAGAACCACAUAAAAUGCUAGCCGCAUUGUUUCGUGAGAGGCCAAUGUGGACGCGGAAUGCUAUAGCUUAUAAAACAAAUCUGGAGGAUACGCUACUCAAGACGCUACUACAGAAAUUUGCUUUCUAUAUUCUAUCAGGACCUUGGGGCAGACUUUGGUGCAAAUUCGGAUAUGAUCCUCGUGUUGAUCCAGAAUCCAAGCAUUAUCAAACUUUGAUGGUUAGCUUCAGACAACAUACGAAAAUACCGGAACGCCAGCGGCUCAAGGUAUCUUCGGACCGCAGCCUAUCAUUAGAUAACAAUAUGCCAGUUCAUUUUACCUAUCAACCAGGUCGCCUCCCGAGAGUUCGACAAAUGUGGUACAGUCUAUGCGAUAUCAAACUACCGUUAGCAGACGCGCUUCUUAAGAGAGAUCAUACUCAAGCAUCGGAGCCCGAAGUUUACGGCUGGAUUCCGGCGGAGUUACUCGAAGAACUGCGUGAAAAAGUCAAGGAAGACGUCCGAAAAACUACGGAAGAUAUGGAUGCUGACGAAGAUAUGGAAACAGAUGAUUUUUAG